AUGAAGCUCAUCACCAAGCAGCAACAAGAAGAGGCCGCAAAGACCACCAUGUUGGGUCUUGCCAAAGGAGGUGCCCUGGGACUUGCAUUAGCGAUUCCCGCACUACACUUUGCUAGUAAACGUUACCCUGCUGUCCGCGCAAUUCCGCCUGUCCAGCGCGGCUGGCUGAUGCUCAUUGCCACCCUUGGUGCCGGUAUGACCAACGCUGAGCUCUCAUAUGAGGCUUAUCUCAAAUCCCAAUGGCACGGACGUACUGCCGAAAUCUUGCGAAAGGAACAAGAAGAAGAAGAGGCUGGGAUUCAUGCACUCAGUCUCCAGGGUCGCGCUCUCCACUGGGCCAAGGAGAACCGCUUUGGUAUCAUUGGUAUGAGCUGGGUCACCGCCAUGGCGGUUUCCGGUGGUCUGGUCUUUGCUCGUAACCGCGGCGUGCCUUUCUCCCAAAAGAUCGUACAGGUCCGUAUGUACGCACAAGGCGUUACGAUCGCUGUAUUGCUCGCCAGCGCUGGCCUUUCGGCCAUUCACCUCCCAGAUGAAGAGGCUCUUGAAAAGAGCGAAAAGGCUCGUGCUCCAGGAGAGGCUUGGAAACUCAUGGUUGUUACAAAGGAGCAACAAGAAGAGGCUGCUCGGGCAACAAUGUGGGGUGGAUUCAGGGGAGCAGUACUUGGCCUUACAGUUGGUCUCCCUUCUUUGUACAUCGCAGGGGUGUUUUAUCCUGCGGUCAGGAGAAUUCCUGUUGUUCAAAAAACCUGGUUGAUGCUUAUUGCGACGCUUGGAGCUGGUGCGACUAACGCUGAAAUUACUUACAACGAUUACCUUGCCAUGCAACGCUACAAACGGAUUAUGGCAGAACUCGAGGAACGGCAACUCUAA